AUGUCUUCAACCCCCGAAUAUCAGCCCUUCCUGAAAUACUCGGACGACCCGACAGCCGAAGAGCCGACCUCUCCUAAGCGCCAUGCCAGUCGCCGCAAUACCUUCCUUUCUCACGUGUUUGUCCUCGUCGGCACUUCGCUGCUGUGGCUUGUGAUAUUCUUUUUGGUUUACCCUUCAUCAACAACGACGACUUCAACACAAGUCGCGGCGUCAUCGGGACUGCCGGAGACCCAUGUAGCCGGAGAACGACACAAUGUGACGAGCGGCAGGAAAAAGAUAUCCUGUGGGAGUACAACGCAAGAGGCGCGAGCCAAUGGCUGCAAAUAUGACAUUCUUUUGAAUCACUGGGUACCAGCCCUAUGCUUCGAUAAAGAGUCCGUCGAUGAAUACCAAGAGGAUGGCAGCUGGGGCGCCUUCGCCGAUAUGAACAUGACUCAACGACUGACUGUCGAUGAAAUGUCGGAAAGGGACUUUUACUGGACCUCCAUUCGCGACCACAUCAACCACUGUGCUAUCAUGUGGAGGCGUCAAUUCUACGCUUUUUACGACGAGCGGGCCGCGAUUGAUUCCAUUAUCACGAGUCCCGGACAUACUGAGCACUGCUCUCAGUACCUCAUGGAUGUUGUGGAUGCUAAAUGGAAAGAACCAACGAAGACAAUGAGGGGUUUUGCAGGCUGUUGGAUACGGGAAUAA